GUUUCAACUUUCAACCUUCAACCGGGAAAUAAGCCAAAACACGUGAACCAUGGAAAUUUGUCGCAUUGAUUGAUAAUUUAUUACCCAAACAAAGGCAUCAACUGCAACUGUUCUAGGGUCAGGGAGAGUGAGAGAAAAAGGGCAGAUCCAUCGAAAAACAACCACUUGUGUUGUGCCACUCCAGAUCCGUUGAAACAAAUUUUUUCUGAUUCUCGCGGCAUCGGCAUCGUCGUCGUCGUCAUCAUCGUCGAUUCAACAAUGUUUCUGUUUGAUUGGUUCUAUGGCAUCUUGGCCUCCCUCGGUUUAUGGCAGAAAGAAGCCAAGAUCUUGUUCCUUGGCCUCGAUAAUGCCGGUAAAACCACCUUGCUUCACAUGCUUAAAGACGAGAGAUUAGUUCAACAUCAACCGACGCAACAUCCGACCUCCGAAGAAUUGAGUAUUGGGAAAAUCAAGUUCAAAGCCUUCGAUUUGGGAGGUCAUCAGAUUGCUCGUAGAGUCUGGAAGGAUUAUUACGCCAAGGUUGAUGCAGUAGUGUAUCUGGUGGAUGCGUAUGAUAAGGAACGAUUUGCAGAGUCAAAGAAGGAGCUGGAUGCGCUGCUUUCCGAUGAGAAUUUGGGGGCAGUGCCAUUUCUGAUAUUGGGGAACAAGAUCGACAUACCUUAUGCUGCCUCUGAGGAUGAGUUGAGGUACCACUUGGGUCUCACAGGUGUCACCACAGGGAAAGGGAAAGUGAAUCUCCAAGAUUCAAGUGUUCGUCCGUUGGAGGUUUUUAUGUGCAGCAUCGUCCGCAAAAUGGGUUACGGUGAUGGAUUCAAAUGGGUCUCUCAGUACAUCAAGUAAACCCCCCACCCACAUAUAACCAAAAACCAAAAAAUAAAAUUUCUAUUUCUGAUUCUCAUUCAUUAUGUUUUAUGUUUAUGUUUAUGUAUGUGGGAUUUUGUUAUGAUGUGGGUGUGUGGAUCAAGAACAAACUGCUACUACUCUCCUUCUCUCUCUUUUUGUUUGUUUGUUCAACCUGUAGUGGUUUAGACCGGAUUUUAAAUUCAAUACUCUUUUUCCA